AGAGGAGCAGAGGGAAGUGGUGCACAACAUGGAGACGAUUACAGGCAGAGACACAGGGAGGAGGGAGAGAAGAGGAGCAGACAGUCAGUGGAGCAUCGGCACGGCAGCAGAGCGACACAGGACCGACGGAGGAGAGAAGAAGAAGAGGACAGCAAACCUGGCUGACAGCAACACAACAUUAGAACAUUUACAGCAGAGCAUCAACUCUAAUACAGUUCACAUCAAAGCAGAAGCAACAGAUUGCCCCCCAGUUGCAAUUGUUGCUGCAACUGAUGCUCUCCCGGCGGACCUGGGCUUGGAAAUGAAGCAGAUUUGCAACUGACGUCUCCUGGGUUUUAAAAGUCAGUUUAUCUGUGUGAAAGAAAUGAUUUCGCUCUGUCAACGAGCGAGGAUACGAUAAUGCCGAGGGACAGAAACGAAAAGCUUUGAUUCAGUCGGGAAGCAACACGUUUCAGGCUGGGCGUCAACAUCACCUCUACCACCAGCGUCUCCUCCCAUCUUCCUGCCUUCACCGGGAUCCAAGGAAGACCAGGCAUCCGAGCUGUGAAUGCACAAACAGACGGAGGAUGUUAGAUUGACAUGCAGAGAGCAGAGUUCAGGGAGUUUUGCUGUGAAGCUAAAAGAGCAAGAUCAGGGUUUAUCAGCGUGACGGAGGAGGUGAGACGCAGAAGCAGACAACAAUAAGUCCAUCAGAGUAUCACCUGGACUUCUGAGGACAACAAGGGAUGAAGAGGAGGAUGCUGUCCAGCUUCUGCCUGAGAAUGGAAGCAAAACAAGCAUCCAAAAACUAGAGCAGGAAUGACAGGAAGACUGAGAUCCAACUCUGCUACGCACAGAUAGAUAAAGCAUACACAAAGAUAUCAUUCAUCAGAACACUUAACCUCAUCGAAAGUGAGCAUCCAGCAGAGACAGAUCUCACUUCACAAGGAUGUAUUCGCACCACUGGAGCUCGCAUUUUGUCUAGAGAAACAUCGAAUUCUUGUCGCCACUUGCCGCAAGUAAGUUUCUGCACCGAUUUCAUUCGGUGUGAGGCACCUCGGGGGUUCUUGCUCGACUCUUCUUUUCGGGGUGAGGUGGAUCUGCCGUCGGGGGCAGCUGACAGCCAUCCAAGACGCCGCGAGCCGUACUCCGCGUGAAGAAUGCCCAGCCGCGCUUGGCCAAGCCGGCCGACCCCGGGCCGACGGCGGGCCUCUACAUGGAGCGAUCGCAGAGCCGCAUCAGCCUGUCCGCGUCCUUCGAGGCCCUCGCCAUCUACUUCCCCUGCAUGAACUCCUUCGACGAGGACGAUGGGGUGGACACAGAGGGCAGGAAGUUGAAGGGAGGCAUCCAGAGGAGCACAGAGACGGGUCUGGCCGUAGAGAUGCCCAGCCGGACGGUCCGGCAGGCCAGCCACGAGUCUAUAGAGGACAGUAUGAACAGCUACGGCUCAGAGGGAAACCUAAACUACAGCGGCAUGUGUCUGGCGUCGGACGCACAGUUCAGCGACUUCCUGGAUGGGAUGGGACCUGCCCAGUUUGUUGGGAGACAGACGCUGGCGACAACAUCCAUGGGUGACAUAGAGAUCGGUCUGAUGGAGAGGAACGGGGGUCUGGAGGUGGAGGUCGUCCAGGCAAGAGGACUCACCAUGAAACCGGGCUCAAAGGGACCUCCAGCCGCCUACAUCAAAGUUUACCUCCUGGAGAACGGCAUCUGUGUGGCCAAGAAGAAGACCAAGUCAGUGAGGAAGUCUCUGGAUCCUCUCUACAACCAGGUCCUGGUCUUCUCUGAAAGCCCACAGGGGAAAGUGGUGCAGGUGAUCGUUUGGGGCAACUACGGACGGAUGGACCGCAAAUGCUUCAUGGGCGUAGCUCGAAUCCUAUUGGAGGAGCUGGACCUCAGCACAAUGGUGAUUGGCUGGUACAAGCUCUUCCCUACCUCCUCCAUGGUGGACCCAACGAUGGCGCCGCUCAUCCGCCACUCCUCCCAGAUGUCCCUGGAGAGCACCAUCGGGCCCUGUUGUGAGCGAUCCUAAGACUCAAGACAAAUCUAAAGUUUUGUUGUUGCGACUCCAUUUCUGUCUCAACCAAAUCCUAAGACACAUUUUUAUACACCCUGUAGUCCUGCGCCCGGGUCAGCCAGGCCGCACUGCUCCUGGAGCAGGUAGGUGUUAAGUAUCUUGCUCAAGGGCACUUUGACAGGUCCAACCACACUUGGGACUGAACCACUCCACUGAUUGGGAAAUGACUUCACUAACUUGUAGGUCAUUUUGGCACUCAUUGGAAAUGUACUGUAAUUCUUUUGAUAUUGUAUCAGACUGUUUCCUGAGACUCACGGGAAGCACAUUUCUUUUGUUGUUGCAACCGAGUGCCCCUCAGACUCACAGGAAAACGCUGAGAUCUCUUUGAUGAGAAAACAAAAACCUACUUAAUGAGGAUACUUCAAAGGAGGGCUCGGUUGCUGACAUUGAUCACAUCCUAUUGGGACCACGAUACACUGCGGGCUCAGCUUCGCUUCAGCUACGCGCCUUCACAGCCUACAUUCUCAUUCCCAGGACUGCUUGUUGUCUUUCUGCGUCCUCAUUAAGGGGCCGGAUGGCUCCUGAGUGUUAUCUGUCCAUCCACGAGUCCGGAGAGAAAGCGAGACGGCCCUCAGACUGUUUGAGACACCAGCCUCCAAUUUUGCAGGAGCAUGGGGACAGCAGAUUGUUGGUGAUUGGAUUGGGCUUUUUAAAAAGAAUUACAUAUAUAGCUUUAUAGCUAUAUAACUUAUUUGUUGUAUCCAACCAAGUCGUAUCUUGGUUUCGAACACUGACUUUGUUUUUGUUAUUUUUCUGUCACACAUUGGGCCCUUCAAUGUUCAGUUAAUUUGGUACUAUGUGUGUGUGAGUGGAGGUAUGAAUGAAAGUCCUUUUCAUCCUGUGGAAGGUUCGAGAUCUCUACUUGAUCUUAGGGAUCCAGAGUCAUGCUGGGUUUUUAUCCUACCAGUUCCUUAGGACUGCGGUCAAUUACAUUUACUUGCAGUGCUGCAGGUAUCUUGGGUGGGUUAAAGGGGAACCUGGACCCUAUUUCCCAUGUUUUUUGUGUCUAAGUUAUUUGCAGGAACAACGGUUUUUGAAAUUGGUGUAGUAUUGAGUGAAAGUGCAGCGCUGUCUCUCAAUACUGGACAAUAUUUUGCUCCCAUGAUUCACUUUGACACAAGUACAAUGGAAAAUAGGAUCCAGGUUGAAAAAUACUGGAGUUUCCCUUUAAUAUAGUUUGAAAUAAAAACAGGCAGGUUCUGAGUUCCCAAAGAUCAUGUAUGCCCCAAGAGCCUGUAAAUUUUCAUUACAAGUAAUCCCCACAUCGGCUGAUUUCACUGGUUAGUUUGUCACGGAAGG